CGGGGACAUUAUCGCUCCCAUCUAGGUUGUCACUUCGUGUUCUCUCGUUGCAUUGCCAACAUUUGUAGCUUGAGCCUGGACGCCGCCUGCUGAUCGAUCAAACGGAGCAGCAAGAGCCAACUCUCGCGUGAGUGAUGCUCCUCCGCGGCGUCGCCCCAAUUGGCUGCUAUUGCAACCCCGCCAAGAAUAGAGGACUCUUUGGGCAGGCCAUUUCACCAAGACACACCAGGCGGCCAGUAGAUAUCUACCCAAGAAGCUCGCUUUCGGGUUCCUGCGUGUAUUACAGCAGCGCCGCACCAGAUAUGCUUACUUCGGUCAAGAUGGGAAAGCCAGCAACGAGUGCCUCGGUGCGCCGCGGCAACCGUCCUUCGGACCAGAAUACGGGCCCAAAAGGCUCGCCGAUGACCCCGAUUCCAUCAGCGAGUCUCAUCGUUCUCUGCCCCACCUCAUCGUCUCCGAACCGUUAUGAGACAGUAAUGCUGCAGCGGUCAGCGCGUGACGGCUCGUCCUUCCGAUCUGCUGUCGUCUUCCCCGGCGGUGCGCUCGACCUUGCAGAUGAGACGCCUUACCUGACCGAUGACCCGUUCAAUGCGCCAAGCGCAGAGGAUGCCCUCAAGGUACCUCCGUUGACGAUGGAAAAGGACGGUGCGAGGUACAUGGCUGCCCUCAAGCUUUGUGCCCUCCGGGAGACCUUCGAAGAGACAGGCUUAUUGCUCGUUCCGGGAACUAGGACCUCAUCAUCGGCUGGGGCCGCAGGGCCGCCUCGGUCUAGGGCCAUUGGCCACAAGGAUGUGGGCAUGACCAGCAAAGAAUGGGCCAAAUUCCGAGAGGAAGUGCACAACGAUGCUUCCGUGUUUCCUGCAUUGCUCCGACGCGUUGCAUCGGCCGUUGCAGAUCCCUCCAGCUCUCCAUUGCAAUCGCAAGGCUCAUCAAAAGGCAUUCCCCCUCUUGCGCCAAUUUCACACCACAGCAACUGGAUCACCCCACGAUCCGUCGUCCGACCAGCCAAGCGCUUCGAUGCGCACUUCUUCAUUACCGUUCUUGACGCCGUGGAUGUAUUUGGCGCGAAGCAGGGUGACAAACCCACUGCGGGCGGGCAAGCAGCUGUGGUGGAGAUCAGUGCGGACGGCACAGAGACUACGAGCUUGAAGCUGACUACCCCGGGGACCCUUGUGCAAGAGGCUUUGCAAGACACGUUUGUCCUCUUCCCUCCGCAGUUCUAUAUCCUUGCCGACCUUGCUUGUGCGAUGGAAGCAGGUCCCUCCCUCAAAGGAAUCGUGCCCCUCAAUUUCUGUUCCACGCUGCCAAAAUCAUCAUCGAGCGGGGAGAAAGCGGCGACUCCCGUUGAAGAAGAAGCGCACAGGCCAGAGGGACGGAGCUUUGCCUGGGAUACGCGAAAUGCUGAUAAGGAAAACCCAUCUUCUUCCACCCCAUCGCGAACGGAGACGCCUUGGGUAUCCUACACGGAGCCGCCGUUUGUGCCGGCGGAGGAUUGGCGCAUACAAGCGAAAGAUAUGCUGUCAGGCGUGACGGCGAUCGAGCCUCAUCCAAUGCCACGCGCUGGCACCAAUGUCGCCAUGCCGACGCGCACAGCAAGCGGGGAGUGGGAGCAAGACACGGAAGACCAGCCGUUCACCUUCCCGCUGUGCUUGCCCGGUGACCGCGAUCAGAGCCGCGACCAAGCCGCCGUCGCUGGGCUGUCGUACAGCACCGCAAAGAAGACGGGGACUGCUGGAGCGGUGCAACCAGAGAAUAGGUUGUUCGUCUCGCCGAGGACAAAGGCGGACGGAGGAGGCUUGGUUGUGAGAGGGAUUAGACGACGUGCGAUUGCUGGACUGCGAGAUUUUCAGUACGGGACUGUUGUUGACAAGCAGCAGGACCAACAGGACGAGGAGGAAGAGGAAGAGCAGCAACAGAAGAAAGCGAAGUUGUGAUUGUACCAUAUCUAUUGAAGUGUUAGAGCAC